GUCAAGCCAAGAUCCGGUCACGUGGAGACGACAACGUAGGCCGCCAAUCAGGAGGCGGGAUCGCGGGGCGGGGGGGCGGGAGGAGCUGCGGCGUUUGUGAUUGGGCGGAUCGUCCACCGCGGAGGCUUCGGGGAUUCUUGGGGCGUCGGGGAGUGCGCGAGGUGGCCGGCGCUUGUUGGGCCUUGGUGGAGACAAAAGCGGGUGGCUGGGAGGUGGCUGGGGCGGAGGCAGCAGAACAGCCUCUUAAACGCGACGUGUCUUGUCAUCGUUUCGGCCUGAAGAGGUGGUGGUGGUGGCGGCGGAGGAGGCGGCGGCAGCCACAGGGCGGCGGCGGCGGAGGCGGCGGCGGCGGAGGCAGCACAUGGUGCCGAGAGCGCGCUGCGGUUGUCGGGUUCCAAUUCCGCGGGGAGGGACAAAGGCAGCAGCGAGCUCUGGGCAACGCCUGGGCCGGCGGUGCGCUCGCCUCAGCCCUCGAGUCGGGCAGGACUCUUGGCGACCCUGAGGAGGAGGCGGCCACGCAGCCGAGGGUCGCCCCCUUCACCGAGAGGCUGAGGGAGGCGGUCUGAGGGGAGUGGGGGAGGGGCGCUGGCCACCUGAGGCGAUUUGGGGCGGCUCCAUUGUGAGGUUGGGCUGUGGGCCUCUUGUGAGGUCACUGGGCUCUACGUCCUGAGGCGAGAGUAGUGGCCGAACCGCUAGCUGGGUUUGUUCAGGCUUUGGAAAAAAAAAGAAACCGUCAGUCAGCACCUGGGAGCCUGACGAAGGUGAAACCAGCAUCCUCGAAGGCGAAACCCUCGACGUCGUCGUGUUUGCCUCUCUGGGGCCUAUUUGAAAGAGCCUGACUGUAAUUACUGGUAGCCAAGACUUGAGUGAUUGCUUGUGACAGAAGUAGGUACAUUUCCAGGUUGGUAAGUUUUAAUUCUGAAAAACCUAGAAGGGUUGAAAAAAAGGAAAGAAGAAGAAGGAAAAAAAAAAAACCUCGAAGGACCUGAAGAUGAAGCCAUAAUAAGCUGCCCGAUCAAGGACCACCUGCAUUUGAUUGAGAUCGUCGGAACUGAGCUAUCAAAAGUAAAUGCUGGACACUGCUUAGGACUGCAAGAGAUUACCAGUACGUCUAAAGAAGACUUCCGUUGCCAUUUAAGACCUCUCGAUAUUUUAGAUCGAGGCUAGGUAGCUUUGUUUAGGUGUGCAUAGGCAUAAUUGAUACGAAUCCCAAGAAAAUCUCUUAGGAUUAGAAACCGUAGUGGUAAAAGACUGGAGACCUCAUUGCAGCCAUGGCCUUCACAAAUUACAGCAGUCUGAAUCGAGCUCAGCUAACCUUUGAGUAUCUGCACACAAAUUCAACCACUCAUGAAUUCUUGUUUGGUGCUCUCGCUGAACUGGUUGACAAUGCGAGAGAUGCAGAUGCCACCAGAAUAGAUAUUUAUGCAGAAAGGCGAGAAGAUCUCCGAGGAGGGUUUAUGCUUUGCUUUUUGGAUGAUGGAGCAGGAAUGGAUCCAAGUGAUGCUGCCAGCGUGAUCCAGUUUGGGAAGUCGGCCAAGCGGACACCAGAGUCCACUCAGAUUGGGCAGUACGGGAAUGGGCUAAAAUCGGGCUCAAUGCGCAUUGGAAAGGAUUUUAUCCUUUUCACCAAGAAGGAAGACACCAUGACCUGCCUCUUCCUGUCUCGCACCUUUCACGAGGAGGAGGGCAUUGAUGAAGUGAUCGUCCCGUUGCCCACCUGGCACGCCCGCACCCGGGAGCCCGUCACAGAUAAUGUGGAGAAGUUUGCCAUCGAGACAGAGCUCAUCUACAAGUACUCUCCCUUCCGCACAGAGGAGGAAGUGAUGUCCCAGUUCAUGAAGAUUCCUGGCAGCAGCGGGACGCUGGUGAUCAUCUUUAAUCUGAAACUCAUGGACAAUGGAGAGCCGGAGCUGGACAUCAUCUCCAAUCCGAGAGAUAUCCAGAUGGCAGAGACCUCUCCGGAGGGCACGAAGCCAGAGCGGCGCUCAUUCCGAGCUUACGCUGCUGUGCUCUAUAUCGAUCCCCGGAUGAGGAUCUUCAUUCAUGGGCACAAGGUGCAGACCAAAAGGCUCUCCUGCUGCCUGUAUAAACCCAGGAUGUACAAGUACACGUCAAGCCGGUUCAAGACCCGUGCGGAGCAGGAGGUGAAGAAGGCAGAGCACGUGGCUCGGAUUGCUGAAGAGAAGGCCCGGGAGGCGGAGAGCAAAGCUCGGACGUUGGAAGUGCGCCUGGGCGGAGACCUCACCCGGGAUUCUAGGGUGAUGUUGCGACAGGUCCAGAACACAGCCAUCACCCUGCGCAGAGAAGCCGAUGUCAAGAAGAGGAUCAAGGAGGCCAAGCAGCGCGCCCUGAAAGAACCUAAGGAGCUGAACUUCAUUUUUGGUGUCAACAUUGAACACCGGUACCUGGACGGUAUGUUCAUCUACAACUGUAGCCGCCUGAUCAAGAUGUAUGAGAAAGUGGGUCCACAGCUGGAAGGCGGCAUGGCAUGCGGAGGGGUUGUGGGGGUUGUUGAUGUGCCCUACCUGGUCUUGGAGCCAACACACAACAAACAGGACUUCGCAGAUGCCAAGGAGUACCGGCACCUGUUGCGGGCCAUGGGGGAGCACCUGGCGCAGUACUGGAAGGACAUUGCUAUUGCCCAGCGAGGAAUCAUCAAAUUCUGGGAUGAGUUUGGCUACCUGUCUGCCAACUGGAACCAGCCCCCAUCCAGUGAGCUGCGUUACAAACGCCGGAGAGCUAUGGAAAUCCCGACUACCAUCCAGUGUGACUUAUGUCUGAAGUGGAGAACCCUCCCCUUCCAGCUGAACUCCGUGGAAAAAGAUUACCCUGACACUUGGAUCUGCUCCAUGAACCCCGAUCCUGAGCAGGACCGGUGUGAGGCUUCCGAACAGAAGCAGAAGGUCCCCUUGGGGACGUUCAAAAAGGACUUAAAGACACAGGAAGAGAAGCAGAAGCAGCUGACAGAGAAAAUCCGCCAGCAGCAGGAGAAGCUGGAGGCCCUUCAGAAAACCACACCUAUCCGCUCCCAAGCUGACCUGAAGAAGCUACCCUUGGAAGUGACCACUAGACCUCCGUCUGAGGAACCUGUGCGGAGACCUCAGCGUCCGCGCUCACCCCCGUUACCUGCUGUGAUCAAGAAUGCCCCGAGCAGACCUCCUUCCCUGCAGCCACCCAGACCAGCCACGCAGCCCCGAAGGGCUCCCCCCGUUAACAACCCGCCCAAGCUGCCUGUGGUGGCAACCCGGGAGGAGGCCAGUACAUCCAGGGUGUUGCAGCCACCUGAGGCACCUCGACGGCCUGCAGCCACUCCAGCCAAGACUGCGCCCCGGCCUGCCCAUCUGGUGCAGCCGUUGCCGCCAUCAGUGCCGCCCAGCUCUAAGACCCCUCGGGAGGUCCCUGCUACCAGAACCACCAGGACUGCGGUGGUCAAGAAGCCAGAGCCUCCUGUUAAACCUCCUGCCCCGGCUGCCACUGGCCGGAAGCGCAAUUUUGGGGUUUCUGAUGAGGAAGAAGCUGAGGAAGAGACCGAGAAGAAGAGAGAGAGGUUCAAGCGGGGCAGAUUCACCGUGAAGGAGGAGAAGAAGGACUCGAAUGAGCUCUCAGACAGCGCUGGAGAAGAAGACCUGGUUGACCUCAAGAGGGCUCAGAAAGAUAAAGGAUUGCAUGUAGAGGUGCGUGUGAACAGGGAGUGGUACACAGGCCGUGUGACAGCCGUGGAGGCGGGCAAGCAUGUGGUGCGAUGGAAGGUGAAGUUUGACUACGUGCCCACAGACACAACACCAAGAGACCGCUGGGUGGAGAAAGGCAGUGAGGAUGUGCGGCUGAUGAAACCCCCUUCCCCUGAGUAUCAGAGCCCCGAUACACAGCAGUUGGGUGGAGAGGAAGAGGAGGUUGUAGUGGCUCAGCAGGCCGUAGCCAUGGCAGAGCCCUCUACUUCUGAGUGUAUCCGCAUUGAGCCUGAUACCACUGCACCAAACACCAACCAUGAGACCAUUGACCUACUUGUCCAGAUCCUUCGGAAUUGUUUACGUUAUUUCCUGCCGCCAAGUUUCCCCAUCUCUAAGAAGGAGCUGAGUGUCAUGAAUUCAGAUGAACUGAUCUCUUUUCCUCUGAAAGAGUACUUCAAGCAGUAUGAGGUCGGACUGCAGAACCUGUGCAAUUCCUAUCAGAGCCGUGCCGAUUCGCGGGCCAAGGUGUCUGAGGAGAACCUGCGUACAUCCGAGAGGAAACUCCGCGAGACCGAGGAGAAACUACAGAAGCUGAGGACCAACAUCGUGGCUCUCCUGCAAAAGGUGCAGGAGGACAUAGACAUCAACACAGACGACGAGCUGGAUGCCUACAUUGAAGACCUCAUCACCAAGGGGGACUAAAUUUAGGGCCGGGAGCCCAGACAUCAGCUCCCCUACUUACCUGCCCCUCAACACAGCAGCUUUCUGGGGGUGGGGGUGAUCAUUCAUGGAUUGCGGACUUACCUUGGUUUGAUUCAUGUGGGACAUUUGUGCUUUUGGAGGGAAAGUUACUCUUGAUUCUUUGAAUCUUCCUCCCUAAGUUUAUAAAUAUUUAUUUUUUAAAAGAAACAAGA